CCAACGGAAUAAAAAUUAUUUCUAGAACUGCCAAAUAUGCUCAAGGGGGGCAGGAUUCGCCCCUGGCAGCGCCCCGAGCCGCGGCUGCCAAUCACCGGGCAGGAGAGCAGAAUGCAGAGCACUUUGCAAGCACAGGAAACUACACAGACCACAAUGCUUUGCGGUUUAUGGGCGUACCGGGGGGGGGGACAAUGGGCAGGAUAAUGGCUAUUGUAUAAAGUAGCAGAAACAUAAGUAUGUGACGACAGCCCACCCCCCAAAAGAGAAGAGGGAUUUCCAGAAGGUUCUGAGAUCUGAUCGCCGCGGAUAACUGAUCAAUAAAGGACUGGAGAUUAGUGUGGCAUGGCAGGGGUUAAAGGUGACAAUAAAGAUAUGCGGGCUUUCGGACGUCAUUUAUUAGACAAAAUAUGACACCUUUAGGCCGUGUGAUAAAAGAUGGCUGCCGGGGUCCGCAAACAUAGCCGAACAGAUGCAGGACAAAGAGGGAGGGCGCGGGAUAAAAAUAUAAAAGAGGAGCUGGCAUCCCUGCGGUGCGUGCCCGGGGGUGGCAUCACUUAUAGGUAAGAGAUUCACGGCAAGAAUCCUCCGUAACGGGUGGUCCUAAGCCGAGGCCCUGGAGACAGGUGAAAGUUGUAUCCAGGGAGAUGCUUUCAGCAGCCGGGGGGUUAACUGCCUGACUUAAUCUGCCUGGCAGAGAGCAGAUUUUGCAGCAGGGCGGGGACAUGAAACAGAUAUUCAGCGUCCCAAAGUGACCUCCCGCGAGAGACGGAAGUUUAACCUUUGCAGUUCCAGAUUCCCCUCCUUCUGCGGUCUUUUCCUGGCCUUCGGGAGGGUGGACCGCGCGCUCACAUCCGCGCCUCGCUCUACGUGUAGAUUUUACUUCCAUCCCGGGACGACAGCAGAAAAGGGUUCUGCAGAACAGAAACUCGCACUGUGGACGGGGGAAUCCAGACCACGGUCCGAAGUAAAAAGGGCGAGAUCUGGGCGUCCACGCUGUGAAACCGCUCACGUGGUCAAGAAACAUUAAUUAGCGCGGUAAAAAAAAAGUGCCCGCGGGGAUAAUGGAAGAUAACGUCUGCAAUCCCAAAUGUCUCAAGCCGGAUCUCCUCUUCCUACAGUGAGAAUUGAAGAUCCCGCGUUGCGUGUUUGGCACAAGAGUAACCGGUCGGCAGAGCGCCAUCACACAGGCCAGUUGCGACGGAGACUGUCCGCGGGGAGGGGGAGGAAGGAAAGAGAGGCCACGAAAAAUGCAACACCGCCUUCAGUGUCAUGGCACGGGGCCCAGUACAUCCGCCCACAGCAAGCAGCAUGUAAGAUGGCCGUUACUUCUCGACUGUGCAUGGGGCGAGGACACUUAGGGGUGAUGGGAAGCCACCAACAAGUCCAAGACUCCGGAGGAUUCGCUUCUUUGUGAAGAUUUCGGAAAAAGAAGGAGCGUGGAGAUGCGAGAGGCUCCCCCUACAUCAGAACAUGCAUCUAGAAAUCAAGGCUGCUGUCAACUUCCUCGUGAAGAUACUUGGUCUGAAGAAGACGAUGAAGCCGCAUGAACUCGAUGCUCUGGGCAAGCACCUUGUGUGCAUCCUGUGUGACAAAUACCAGGGACACUGGUACCCAGACAUGCCGGCCCGAGGACAAGCCUUCAGGUGCAUCCGCAUUAAUCCCUGGCAAUAUGCUGAUGAGUCCCUGCUUCAAGCCUGUGCAAGAUGUGGAAUAGAGUACACGAGACUUCCCCUCCCGGAGGAGAUUACCCUCUGGAUUGAUCCCUUUGAUGUUUGUGGAAGGUUUGGAGAACACACUGAUCACUUCACAAUCGCCACAUUCGAGCACCUUGUGGUAACAGCACCGGUCCUUGACUAUCCAGGAACGGAGACGUCGGACUAUUCCUCUGGGGGACCUUCAUCUGCUGGGUCCACUUCUGAAAGCUCAUCUGAUGAUGAAACCUCUGGAGAAAAGGCCAUUGAUAAAGAUGAAGCUUUUGACUUUUCCCCAAGGGCUGGGAGUCCAGUGAUUGAGGAGAUGAGAUGUUGUACUGGGUCAGAAAUGGUUGAGACAGGCGCCAUGGAGACUAGAUAUAGAGUAUUGCUAGUAGGAAAUGGGAGCUAACAAGGUUUUGUGCUCUGUAGUACGUUGGUCCUAGCACAGCCCUGUUUAUUUUUUUAUUUUUUUAAUGCUCUGAGAAUAGACUAAGCUUGAAGGUCUAGACAAUUGGGGGGGAAUGUCUAUAAUGAAGGAAGAUGUACGUAGAUGGGUUCUACUAGUACAGAUGAAUAGCUUGCUCUGACUUCCCCCAAGUCUAGUCUUGAAUUCUCCUUGAUGUAGUUUACAUGUUUUAAGUCUAGCCAAGGAUAUUGCCGUCCAACUAUAGAAACUUGAUGCUUUUGGGAGUUGUAGAGAAGUCGCGCUGCAGGGUCACUUAAUGUAGUCGAGGCUUGUUUGAUGCAGCUUGGGUUAGUCCUGAAGGGCUAACAGUAGUACUUGCCUAUUCCAGAGUAAGUUUUUAGGUCCUGUGAAUGCUGGUAAAUCGCAGGUUUUUAGCACUUUUAAUUAAUUCUAUAUUUUUUACUAUUGUCUGUACCUGAGAUGAGCAUUACUUGGCAUUAGGCCUUGGACUAAUCUGACAUUUUAAAGCUUGUCAUCAACUAAUCCAUAGUUGGUUUUUUUUUGGGGGGGGGGGGGGGGGUUUAGCUUAAGGCCAGUUUCACGUGAAUAUAAUAUGGUCUGACCUCAGGACUAAACCCAAACUGACAGCAGCAUCCAAUUACUGUUAGUUCAGGUUGUUAGACCUGCAGUUGACAGAACUUGUUCAUAUUGCAUUUCUGUAGAAUUGGCUUAAGCCCAGAUGUGUUAAAAGGCAGGUUCUGCAUGUACUGAGCUGGAAACUGAUUUUUAGAUUGAACUUGCAGGUGGUGGCUGGUAAAAUGUAGUAAUGGUAAUCUCUGCUAGGUCCAAAAUGGAGCCUACUGUGUCUGGAGCAGAAUGUCUGGAUGUUCACCUUGGCCAUAUUUCCAAUCUAUGCAAUGCUUGCUGAAAAUAUAGCUGUGUGAAGCCACUCUUGGACUAACUUCCAUGGUAAAUCACAUGGGGGUUUUCUGAACUGAUCCAAGAUCUCCAUAGCGUUCUUCAGUAACUUGUGGUGUGUCUGGUGACACAAGGUCUGGUCAAUGAUGCUGUAACAUGGUCUGUAGCUGAGGCCUUGUUGGACCUGGCACAGCUUUCAAAUAUUUUACCUGGUGAACAUGGGCAUACAAAGCAUCCUUUUAUAAUGGGUAUAGCGUAUUUUGCAAAGUAACAAUCCAAUGCGCAUGUCCCAUAGGGGUCACUGCUAAACUGGAGGUACAAGACACUGGUUACUCUAAAGAAUACUGUACCAGUAUGGCUGAAAAGCUCAUCCAUAAAUAGUGGUCUGUAAGAUUUGGAGACUUGGAGAAGCGGAGCUGACAGUAUGUCCCACUUUGAGGAACUGAGCCCAGUUGGGCUGAUUGAUCCGUCUGGCCUGCUUGGGGAAGGAGUCUUGAUUUUUGGCUUCUUCCUCAGAUCAAAUGUCCUCAUGACUCCCCAUCGUCCUGUUGCAAUUUCAGGUGUCUGAUCAUUGGCUCAUACUAAAAAGUACCUAUAUUUCCCAGAAAACUACUCCUUUCUACUGGCAGCUGGUCCUCGUGGGUUGCUGCAGGCCUUGGGUGUAUUGUUCUCUGGGCCUGGAUAAUGGGAAGAGCUUUGCAAUACAGAUUUGCCACUUUAUGCUGUGGUUGGUUCUUCAGCAGAACAUUCUAUGCUUACAAUACAUUAAAAUGGUAAUCCUUUUGGAAAACUCUCAGUUGCUCUAUUUUUUUUUUUACUCUGGAGAUUCCUGCAUCUGCCUUGAAGGUGAAUUGUAAGUACUUUCACACUUACGUUUUUCUUUUUCGGCAUAGAGUUCCGUCCUGGGGGCUCUAUACUGGCAAAGAACUGAUCAGGUAUAUCCCCAUGCAUUCUGAAAGAGUAAUCCGUUCAGGAUGUCUUC